AUUAAAUGAAUUAUAAAACAAUAAAUAAAUUAUGAAAAUAAUUAUAAAACAGUAAAUGAUUUUUUUUUUAUUUCAUCAUUUGAUAUCAUAUACAACAGUAAAUGAUUUUUUUUUACUAAUCAUAAAAAACAUUCAUUUUUGGUCCCUGAACGGAAAAAUUCAAUGAAAUAAAUGGUCGUAAUGAGAAACUUUUACGAAAUAUUUAUUUUCUAGUAGUGUUUGGAUCGUGUAUAUAGUAUAUAUAUAUACCUUUACCAUCCUUGUAAAAAGUGUUUUGAUGAUUGGAUAAUGGAAGUGUUAUUUAUAAAACUAUCAUUAAUCUUAAUACUUUUUUUUUUGUUACCUACAAAAUUUCUGAUGACAAUAUGGUUUGUUACUAGUUACUAGUAACAAUAGUUUGUUACAAUUGGUAACAAAAUCUGCACACCACAUUCUAUAUCAUAUAAAUUCUAAUAAGUGAACAACGUCUUCUUUUUUCCUGAUUAUUCUUCCUUCUAUGUUCUUUGAGUCACCAUUAUGGCAUCCUCAUUGUUACUUGCAAGUUGCAACUAGUUUUAAUUUUUAGAAUAUACAAAAACAUACCCAUAUGUUUAUUUAUUUAUUUUAAUAAUCCAACUGAGCUAUCAUAACAAACUUACAAUAAGAUCAAACGUUCUUAUGCUUCUAAGAUGCAUAAACCUUUGGAAUUGCUUAUAAGACAAAUGUCAUGGAAUAGUCGGAAUAGGGCAUCAAAAAGACAAAAUCUAAAAUUCCAUCUUCAAUUAAUUUAUGCAGAAGUUAUGUAAAAUAGUGCUGGUAAAAUAUAGUAGAGUGGUGAGACCCUAGAUGUUAUCAAUCAUAGACAUAACUCGGUGUUACAAUUUUUUUAACAGAAUUUAAUUAAAUUUAAGUAGUUAAUGGAGGUAUGUGUACUUAACACAUUUUGCAUUCUUAAUGUUCUACCAUUGCAUAAAUUUCACUCUUGUGGAAUUUUUCUGCAGAAUUAUCUUCUCAUCGCGACUUUGAUCAGCAUUGGAGAAACAUGCUUGAGCGACGUUAACGACUGUGGUACGGGGCUCCAGUGUCUGGAAUGCAACUCGCAAAAUCGGUGUACACGAGUUCGAACUGCUAGUCCUAUUUCAAAAGUGAUGGAGCUUCCAUUUAAUCAGUACUCAUGGCUUACAACUCAUAACUCUUUUGCUUCGAGUGUAGCGAAUUUGAGUAUAAACUCUCAAAUUUCGUCUGUCACGAAUCAGGAAGACUCCAUUACAGAUCAGCUGCAUCAACUUGCUAUUCAUGUUCUGAAAGAGAUCAAUGUGUUCCUGACACAACACCGAACUGAGAUCGUCACCGUUUUCAUUAAGGAUCAUGUAACAUCGCCAAAUGGUAUUAACAAGUUGUUUCGUAAAGCCGGUUUGAGGAAAUUCUGGUUUCCAUUGUAUAAAAUGCCAAAGAAUGGUAGUGACUGGUUAACAGUGAAAAAAAUGAUAACCAUGAAUCAUAGACUAAUAGUGUUCACUUCAAAUGCAACAAAAGAGGCUUCUGAACACAUUGCCUAUGAGUGGAACUAUGUUGUAGAAAAUAAAUAUGGAAAUGACGGAAUGAGUAGAGGUCAUUGUUUAAAUAGAGCAGAAUCAUUUCCAAUGAACACGGCAACGAAGUCAUUAGUCCUAAUGAACUAUUACAGAAAUGUUCUAAGUUCUAAUGAAGCUUGUAGGGAUAACUCAUCGCCAUUGAUUCGCAAGAUGCAUAUAUGCUAUAGAGCUGCUGGUAAUCGAUGGCCUAACUAUAUUGCUGUUGAUUUUUACAAGAGAGGUGAUGGCGGGGGAGCCCCGGAAGCAUUAGAUGUUGCAAAUCGAAACUUUUUUGGGCCGUAGAUCAGUCAUUUGUGCAACGUAUGAAACUACUUUCAUGUCAAUUUUUUCUGCUACAUGGGAUGUAGAGCUUACAGGCUUAAGAACAUAUGUGCUACAAGUAUGUUGAUAGUUUUUGUUUCUGUCCUCCGUUUCAUAUCUAAUUAAUAUGUAUACUUUUUUUUGGACAAAAUGUAUACAUGUAUAAUGUAUUGUUUUUUGUCUGGUAACCAUUCUAUUGCUGAGUAACUAUGAUGAUGACUAUAUGUAUUUCUAAGGGAAGCAAUUUUUGUGCUAUAUAAGAUUAGCUUUGAGCAGUUUGUGGGGGGGUAUCAAUCAAUACUCAAAUAGGUUAUGUUGUUUUAUUUAGAUGUGCUGUGAAAAAGUGUAGGAGUGUGAUUAUUUUUAGAGAUAAAUUGUGUGUUUAAAAAAAAUUACAACUUUUAAACUAUAAAUAGAAAAAAAAAGUCAUUUAAUAAU